UUAACUUUUGUUUCCUCCUUUAAGCCAGCACGCCAAAAAGAACUUCUUUGCAAAACACGACUGAGGACCUUGCAACACCGGCGUCUCCCUCCUUCCUCUCCUCUCUCUGCCUUUACCUUUGAUUGUAGGUUUUUCAUUAUUUGGCGGCGAAACAGGGUUGAAUAUUUUUGUUUUAGCGUCUGAGCUUUGAAUUACAGAGCAAAGUGAAGCGUGAACAUGGUGAUGCAUCUAAACGGGACACCGUGCGCUCUCGGAUUCCACAUGCCUGCGGAGUGGGAAACCCACGCGCAGUGCUGGAUGGGUUGGCCUGAACGUGCCGAUAACUGGCGUGACGGCGCCGUUCACGCCCAACGCGUGUUUGCGAGGGUAGCGUCAGCAAUCUCAAGAUUCGAGUCUGUAACAGUUUGUGUUAGUUCUGCACAGUGGGAGAACGCGCGGAGUCAGCUACCGGAGCAUAUCAGGGUCGUUGAGAUGAACAUGAACGAUUCUUGGUUCCGUGAUAUUGGACCUACUUUUGUUGUGAGAAGAAGCACCACGCCGGAAUCUGGUGAUGCAGUGAGCAGGAUUGCAGGGAUUGACUGGAAUUUUAAUAGUUGGGGAGGCUUAGAAGAUGGAUGUUACUGUGAUUGGAGUCUUGAUUUGCUUGUGGCUAAGAAGAUUUUGGGAAUUGAGAAGAUUCCUAGAUUUUCACAUUCGAUGGUGCUUGAAGGUGGAAGCAUCCAUGUGGAUGGAGAAGGAACUUGUCUUACCACAGAAGAGUGCCUCUUGAACAAGAACAGGAACCCUCACUUGAGUAAGAACCAAAUAGAGGAUGAACUUAAGACAUAUCUUGGAAUCCGGAAGGUUAUAUGGUUGCCUCGUGGAUUAUAUGGAGAUGAUGACACAAAUGGUCAUAUUGAUAACAUGUGCUGUUUUGUGAGGCCUGGUGUGGUUAUGCUGUCUUGGAUUGAUGAUGAAACUGAUCCUCAGUAUGAAAGAUCUGUAGAAGCAUAUUCUUUGCUUUCAAAUGAAACAGAUGCUAAUGGUAGAAAGUUUGAAAUCAUUAAACUCCAUGUUCCCAGUCCACUCUAUAUGACAGAGGACGAGGCUGCUGGGGUUUCUCUGGAUAAUGAGGCUAAGCCAAGACUUCCAGGUACUAGGCUUGCUGCUUCCUAUGUAAACUUUUACAUUGCAAAUAAAGCUAUCAUUGCACCACAAUUUGGAGAUAAAAAGUGGGAUGAUGAAGCUGUCCGAGUCCUAUCUAAGGCCUUCCCUCAUCAUGAAGUUGUGGGAAUUGAAGGUGCCAGGGAGAUUGUUUUGGCCGGUGGAAAUAUACAUUGCAUUACUCAGCAACAACCAGCCAUUUGAGCGGCGGCACUCUCGAUAUUCGUUGAUAGGUGUUGUAUUGUUGCUUAUGGGUUUCCAGAAUAAAUUGAUUUGGUUAAAUUGCUUGGUUAGUUAGUUGGUUUGCUCCAAUUGGGCAUGUAUGCUAAUUUUUGGAGAUUAGCAAAAUCCAAUAAUUGCAGCCUGGAUGAAAGUGUAUGCAAAUAGAUGGAAAACCGUUGAAAAUAUAAAACCUAAUUUAUAUUUAAAUUGGGAAAUUGUGGUUACUCUUAAAUGAUUGAAUCGGAAUUUUUAGUGGAACCAGCUAUUGAUUUAACUCAA